CUCAUUCCUCUCGCACGUCACAACGCAAUCUGGUUUCUCAACACCGCAGAUUCGGCCUCUCCCGGCGCUUGAAGAAGAAAGGAAGCUCGGUGCCACCCAUGGCGGUGGAGUGCUGCGGCGGGGACUUCUUGGAGUGGGUUGGCCCCGACAACUCCGCCAACGUCUUCGGCCUUCUCGACAGCCCCGCCGACCUCGUCCGCGCCGCCGCCGUGUCCCGAACCUGGCGCCGAUUUGUGAUCGAGAACGACUUGAGCAAGAGUCUGUGCGUGCGGCUAUUUCCCGAGGUCGCCACCAUCGCCGGCGGCGCGGCAGAGGUAACCAGAUCGCCGCCUUCACCUCCCGUCGCCCAGUGGGGCAGCGAGAGGGCCUACAGGAUAUACUCGAACCUCGCCGGCGCCCUCGUCUCUAGCUCCCCCAAGGACUCCGUGGCCUGCGUUCUGCGCUGCGUCGGUGCAUCCAGCACGGACGAUUUCCCGAACGAGACCAUGGUACACACCCUCCAUGAGCGCGGCUUGGUCAAUUUCCGCCCGUCCUAUUGGUCCAGCUGCGGUUCGGACAACCCCGACGAGCCAGAGAGCCUUACCUACAGGCUCAACUCUGAUAUCUGCAUUAUCGAUGAGAUUAAGGUGCAGCCGUUCAAAGCAUUUUUUCAGUAUGGCAAUCCUAUAUACUCUUCAAAGACGGUGCGAUUUCGGAUGGGCCAUUACAAGCUUCCGCGUGGACAGGAGUCAUUUGUCACUAAUGAUGAUGAGAACAAGAUGGUAAAUGCUGACAAAGAUUACAUGUGGACUUACACUUCGCCAGAGUUCCCUAUGUUGCAGGAAAAUGUACUACAAUCGUUCAAGCUCCCACGCCCUGUGCUUUGCAUUGGUGGUGUGGUGAUGAUUGAAUUCUUGGGCAGAGUCCAAAAACAGGGAGCAGAUGAUAAGUAUUACAUAUGUGUCUGCCAUGUUGAAGUGAUAGGGCGUUCACUGUCACCACUUUUCAUGGUUGACAUCUCGGAGCCUGGAGGUUAUUCAAUCCUCAAGUACUUGCCCGAUGCCAAAAAUCUAUCCGCGGAGGACAUGGCCCAGUAUGAUACUGAAGACUCGCUGGAGUGGCAGUAUUUUGGUGCUAGAUACAGGCAGAUGAAUCACAUAGCAGUGCUGAACGCGCUUUUGAUGCAAGUACAUUUCAUGCAUGAAGAUGAUGUUGGUUGGGUCUUACAAGACGGGCUUCUUCAGUAGAUUUGCUUGAUGGACUGAAGCUACAACUUUGCCGGAUAUUACUGUUUGUAGUAAGGGAACAUCUAUGAACUCCGCAAGCCUUUAUUGCAGACAUUGAAGACUCAAUUCUGAAAUCUGGAGAAACUGGUCGAGACAAGUUCCUCUUAUGGUAUAUGGGUCAUUUGUUACUUGCCAAUGAUGUUGCUUGCUGAUGGACUGCUCAACUCUAUGACACAAUUUGAUAAUGGUUGCAAUCUAGUCGGUGUGGAGCUGCAUGCUAGCGCUGAGUGUUUACUUCACCUUGGCGUCUGAGAAGCACCAGUGCUUCCAUCAUUCGUCAUGCUGGUACUAUGGUCUGUUUCAAAAUAUGUAGACUGUACAGACCAGGUUUCCAUAUAUUGUUGCUUCUAUUUGUGCAUGUGUAUCAUAAAUCUACAAGAGAUGGUUGUAAUUUCUACUAGUACUUUUCAGAGGGUCCCUUUGUAAUCUCUAAGCCACCGCUCAAUAAUUAAUGCAGCUAUCUAGGUCCUUUGGGGCCUUUUCUUGUUCA